UUUUCACCACACAGUUAACCUAUCAGCAAUCAACAUCGCAACACGUCAUAUGUACCACCGCGAGUCCAUGCUUUAACACUACACCAUCGCACACUGGAUCCCACACCCACUCCACUGUAUAUACAAGCGUGACCUGCAUGAACGAAACAGAAGAAACAGAAAUCAAAAUGGACAAAGAGGAAGUGUGUGAGUUUCUCCGAUGCGUUCCUCUUCUGCAGAGGCUUCCUACCUCGUCGAUAAGGGAGAUUUCGCAGCUUGUAAUUGCCAAACACUAUGAGGCAGGAGACUAUGUUGCCCGUGAGGGUGAACCGGGGGAUGCUGUUUUCUUCAUAUGGGAUGGAGAGGCUGAGGUUGUUGGAGCUGUUAGUGCAAAUGAUGAAGAUCAUACUGAGUUCCGGUUGAAAAGAUAUGACUACUUUGGUUAUGUUGCAGGUUUGUCAAAUACAGUUCACCAAGCAGAUGUUGUUGCUUUGUCUAAGUUGACAUGCAUAGUGCUACCCCAUGAGCACUCAGCACUGCUACAUCCAAAGUCUACAGAAAAUGGUCUUGAGAGAUGCCCACCUGUGGAGAGUAUAUUGCAUCUGGAACCCUUUGAGGUAGAUGUCUUCCGAGGAAUCACACUUCCAAAUACUCCAAGAUUUGGAAAGGUGUUUGGGGGACAGAUGAUUGGACAGGCAUUGGUUGCAGCAUCAAAAUCUGUUGACUGCCUUCGGUUUGUUCAUAGUUUGCAUGCCUAUUUUCUUCUUGCGGGGGAUUUAUAUAUGCCUAUUAUGUAUCAAGUUCACCGUCUCCGUGAUGGAAAAAAUUUUGCUGCAAGGAAAGUGGAUGCAAUUCAAAAGGGAAAAGUCAUAUUUACUUUGCUCGCUUCAUUUCAUAAAGAAGAAUCAGGGCUUGACCACCAGGAAGUAGAUAUGCCAUCUGUUCCUGCUCCAGACAUGCUUCUACCAAUGGAAGAUCUACGGGAGAGACGUCUUCUUGACCCUCGCUUUCCGAUAACAUACCGGAACUUAAAGGCCACAACACGAUUUGUCCCUUGGCCCAUAGACAUUCGGUUCUGUGAAUCUAGAAUUGCAACAAAUCAGACAAAAUCUCCUCCCAGUUUGAAUUACUGGUUUAGAGCAAAGGGGAAACUUUCAGAUGAUCAGGCCUUGCAUAGGAGUGUCGUGGCAUAUACUUCAGAUCUAAUAUUUCUUCAAGUAAGUUUGAAUCCCCACCGUGGGAAAGGUUUCAGGGCACGUGGUGUUAGUCUGGAUCACUCGAUGUGGUUUCAUCGAUCCGUAAAAGCUGAUGACUGGGUGCUAUUUACUAUCUUUACUCCUAGUGCUUAUAAUGCACGUGCCUGUGUCACAGGCCAAAUGUUCAAUCAGAAGGGAGAGCUUCUUGUAUCAUUGGUUCAAGAAGGUCUAACCAGGAAACUUAAACCUCAAGAUUCAGUUAGUAAAUCCAAGUUGUGAACUGCUGAAAAGUGCACAGAACUUGUGGCCUUUCCUUUUCUCUUUAUUAUCUUUAUUUCUUUCUUUAUGAAAUGCAUUAUGUUUUAUAUACCUCAAUGUAUCGUAACUAGACGACAAAAUGUUACAUUUUGACUCAAUGUUUAUAAUGUUGGUGCGAGAGAGCCUUUUCAAGAGCUCGAGUUUAUAUUAUACUAUAAGAUUUUAAACA